AUGCAGUUGCAGAAUUUACAAGCGGAAGCAUUGGUUCGAGAGAAACGACGUGCACGACGACGCAGGCGUCUUAGGAAAGUUGCAAGACGGGCAAGACACCUCAAGCGCCAAAGGAACAGGGCCAGAAAACAAGCGAAAAACUUGAAAAAUCUGAAUAAGCAAAGAAAGCGCAAGUUGGACGAAUUAGAGAAAGAGAGGGACACUGUCAAACAACAGCUGCAGAAAUACAAGAGCCGAUUACAAGAAAGAGAAAAGUUUGAUGGCGAGAAAAGAAAAUCGAAGAAAGAAGAGAUGGAUCUCGAAGUGAAAGAUACUGAGGUGAAGUCUUCGAAAGAAAAAUUAAAGAAGGACAUCAAGGAUGAUGACGGCGGAUUUGAAGAAGAAGACGAACAGUAA